ACGUGAACCGCGGUGAUUUAAUUGGUCGGUGUCACGUGUCUGUCACGUGACACGGCUGUCGGGGCCCUAGCAGCGUACACAGCAGCAGGCUGCGGGCAGAGGAAGAAGCAGUAACAGAGCGGUCCUCCAUGGGAUCACCGAGGCGGCUUGUAAAGACAGAUUGUCUGAGGUGAUGACGUUACCGGGAGAAGCGGCCCUCCUGCGGGCUGACAGCUGAUGGAGUCCCUGCUCCUCCUCUCACACACGGCCGGGGUCGCAUGAGGAGGACGAACACGGAGCCCUGAAAUGACACACUGAACUCGACUGAAACGUUACUUACACCAACUGGAACUUCAUUUUUUUUUUUUUUUUGUUGAUUGCAUUCCUGGGGUCUGGAAGUCUGGAAUCUGCCACAGCGAGUCUUUAAAUAAUCAUCCUCAUCUGUUGCCUUGUCAUUUUAAACACCGCCAACAAGGCCGCUCACUGAUCAGACGCGUCACAAUGACUUGAACGAGUGCCUUUUCGCUGUGCAUGCAGCCCGAUACAGCUGCGCUGAAGUCCACAGCCGCGUGACCUCCUCUGUACCUUUUUGGGAAGUGUUCCCUUAUCACCGUAUAAACCGUUACUGUAAAUAACCCGAGACUGCCGAGGGGAAAACGCAAGUACUAUGCACCGUUGUCGCCGUCUCACAUCCGACACCGAACCGGUAAUUUAAGCGGAGGACAGGCGCUCAUAGCAGUACCGACCCCUCCUGAAGAACCGCCGACAUCCCUCCCAGGGUAUAUUUUGCAUUUUUCAUCUAGGGGCUUCAAGGAGAGCUACAGGGAUGUUCGCCGCCGUGGAGCAUGGCCCGGUCCUCUGCAGCGACUCCAACAUCCUGUGCUUGUCCUGGAAGGGCCGUGUGCCAAAGAGCGAGAAGGAGAAGCCGGUGUGCAGGAAACGCUACUACGAGGAGGGCUGGCUGGCCACCGGCAACGGUCGAGGAGUCGUCGGGGUCACGUUCACGUCCAGCCACUGCAGACGGGACCGGCCGACCCCGCAGAGGGUCAACUUCAACCUCAGAGGACACAACAGCGAGGUGGUCUUGGUGCGAUGGAAUGAGCCCUUCCAGAAGCUGGCUACCUGUGAUACAGACGGAGGGAUCUUUGUUUGGAUCCAGUAUGAAGGCCGCUGGUCCGUGGAGCUGGUCAAUGACCGUGGAGCCCAGGUGAGUGACUUCACGUGGUCCCACGAUGGCACCCAGGCGCUCAUCUCUUACCGGGAUGGCUUCGUGCUGGUGGGAUCCGUCAGCGGGCAAAGGCACUGGUCCUCCGAGAUCAACCUCGAAAGCCAGAUCACAUGUGGUAUCUGGACCCCCGAUGACCAGCAGGUGUUGUUUGGUACUGCAGAUGGACAGGUGAUCGUGAUGGACUGCCAUGGGCGCAUGCUGGCCCACAUUCUGCUGCAUGAGUCGGAUGGCAUCGUCAGCAUGUCCUGGAACUACCCCAAUUUCCUGGUGGAGGACAGCAGUGAGAGCGACACGGACUCUGAUGACUACUCCCCACCGCAAGUGCGCAGCCAGAAACCACUGCUAACAGUCAGCUUCACUUCUGGAGACAUCAGCCUGAUGAACAACUAUGACGACCUCUCUCCCAUCCUCAUCCGCACCGGUCUGAAAGAUGUGGUGGUCCAAUGGUGCUCGCAGGGGGACCUCCUCGCAGUGGCGGGGAUGGAGAAGACCCUCCUCUCCGCCGAGCCCUCCUGCCCUCCCACCACCAGGAACGCACUCGUUAAGUUCUACAACGUUGGGGGUGAACACAUCUACACACUGGACACACCAGCACAGCGGCCUAUCACCACGCUGUGCUGGGGUCACCGGGACUCUCGUCUGUUCUUGGCGUGUGGCUCGGCGCUCUACCUGGUGCGAGUGGAGCACCGCGUCUCCAACCUGCAGCUGCUCUGCCAGCAAAGCAUCGCCACAGCGGUGAAGGAGGAAAAAGAUGUCGCCAAGCUCACCAUGCCUUUCCGCCUCUGCUCUUACGUCACAGCUGCUUUUGUGCCCACCAUCAAGCCCCCCAUCCCUGAGCCCAACAACAUGCGGGAUUUCGUGAGCUACCCAACAUCUGGAAACGAGCGUCUGCACUGUACAAUGAAGCGUACGGAAGAUAACCCGGAGGUGGGGGGACCCUGCUACACUCUUUACCUGGAGUAUCUAGGAGGUCUGGUGCCUAUCCUAAAAGGCCGUCGAAUAAGUAAGCUGCGUCCAGAGUUUGUCAUCAUGGACCCCAAGACAGAUGGGAAAACAGAUGAGAUGUACGGCAACAGUCUGAUAUCUGCCAUGAUUGACAGCUGUAACUGCUCAGACUCCAGUGACAUUGAGCUGAGCGACGACUGGGUUGGCAAGAAAUCUCCAAAGAUAUCCAGGGGUAGCAAAUCCCCCAAACUGCCCAGAGACUUAGUUUGUCCCUUUACCAACAGGAUCAACAUUGAUCCCAGAAAAUCUCCCAAGCUAUCCCGCACUACACAAGAGAUAUCCAGGUCGCCGCGGUUACCAAUACGGAAACCCUCAAUUGGUUCACCCAGUCUCACACGAAGGGAAUUUCCUCUGGAUGACAUCACUCAGCAAAAUUAUCUUGCUCAGGUCACAUCCAAUAUUUGGGGAACAAAGUUCAAGAUUGUGGGACUUUCUACAUUCUUGCCAACUAAUCUUGGUGCAGUCAUUUAUAAGACAAGCCUCCUCCAUCUACAGCCCAGACAGAUGACCAUCUACCUGCCGGAAGUGCGUAAGAUCUCCAUGGACUACAUCAAUCUCCCUGUCUUCAGCCCCAACGUCUUCAGUGAGGAUGAAGACGACCUACCUGUCACAGGCCCUGCUGGUGGCACGGAUGACAACCCGCCCUGCACUGUCAACAUACCCAUCGCGCCCAUCCACAGUCCCGCCCAGGCCAUGUCCCCCGCCCAAAACAUCGGUCUGGUCCAGUCACUUCUAGCCAAUCAAAAUGUUCAGCUGGAUGUCCUUACAAAUCCCACAUCAACCUCAGCUGGUGCUGCUGCCGGUGGCUCAGACCAAAGCCAGGACACCACCCUGACCGCCCAGUACACAGUUCCCACCAGGUACUCCAGUCCUGGUCAGGUCAUCUUCGGUGGACUUGAAAUGGGUCGCCUAAUGGUGGGGCCCCCACCUUCUCAUCAUUCUUCACAACAACAACAGCCGCAGCAACACCAUCAACCGCAACAGCCGCAGCAACACCAUCAACCGCAACAGCCGCAGCAACACCAUCAACCGCAACAGCCGCAGCAACACCAUCAACCGCAACAGCCGCAGCAACACCAUCAACCGCAACAGCCGCAGCAACAGCCGCAGCAACACCAUCAACCGCAGCAGCCGCAGCAACACCAUCAACCGCAGCAACCACUGCAACACCAUCAGCAACUGCAGCAACACCAUCAACUACAGCAGCAGCAACCACAGCAACACCAAUCACAACAGCAGCAGCAGCAGCAGCCACCACAGCAACACCAUCAACAGCAGCAUCACCAUCACCACCACCAACUACAACACCAACAACACAUUCAGCACCAGCACCAGCAGCUUCAGCAGCAACAACUCCAACAGCAGCAGCAGCAGAUACUCCAGCACCAACACUUACAACAGCAGCAGCAGCUUCAGCAACAACACAUACAGCAGCAGCUCCAACACAUGCAGCAGCAGCAUCAACAUCAGCUUCAGCAGCACAUACAACAGCAGCAGCAACUGCAACAGCAGCAUCAACAAAUUCAACAGCAACUGCAGCAACAAAUACAUCACCAACAGCAAUCACAACAGCAUCAGAUUCAGCAACAUCAACAGCACCACCAUCAACUCCAGCAGCAGUUUCAGAUUCAAAUCCCCGUCCCCCCCAUGUCGUCGGGACAGCUGUCAGGUGCAGCUGUGCACCAGCUUCCGCAGGGGGCGCUGCAGAUACAGAUCCCUCACCCCCCAACAGAAUUGGCGGCCGAGAGGGCGGUGGGGGGUGAACAGGAGCACCUGCUAAAAAUCAAAACCACUCGGUCGACACCACAAAUGGCUGAGGGUGAUACACUGGUGUUCAGUGCCCCUCUGGAGCUCAGCAAGAUGAAUCCCCCGCCCCCUUACCCUGGGACAGUGGCUGCCGCCGUGGCCGCUGCCGCUGCCGCUGCAGCAGCAACGUCGGCCUCGGCUGCAGCCUCCCAUCCUGCAUCUGGGUCAGGCGGGAGCGCCAACGGGACUUCUCCCCCUGGUGAGCUUUGUCUGAAGAAAGAGUUAUCGCUUUAUCCUUCAGGUCAGCAACUAGCGCAAUACCCCACACCACUUGGAUAUGAGAGGAUAACUACAUUCGACAGCAGUGGGAAUGUGGAGGAAGUCUGUCGUCCUCGGACGCGCCUCGUCUGCAAUCAGAAUGUCUACACACUGCAGGGACCUGGCAGCUCGGCCACUCUCAGGGUCACCUCCUCCUCCUCCGCCUCAGACAAGAAGAUCCAGCUGCCCUACACCUCUGCAACACUCAACAGGCUCACUGCCCCUCGCUAUUCCAUACCCAGUGGAGAUCCGCCCCCAUACCCUGACGCGGCCAAUCAGAACAGUGCUGUCGGCAGGAACCCCGGGCAGAGACUUGACAGCAGUCUGAUCCAUGCCACUCUCAGGAGGAACAGCCGAGAGGCCGCUCUCAAAGUUUCCCAGAUGCUGGAGCCACCCAGACCAUUGCCUCCAAAGGCUAAAAAUAAUAAUAGUGCACUAGCAGCCUCCUUCCAGCAGAGGGUGCCAACAGCCUUAUACACCUGCAGUCAGUGUAGCAGUGGAUCUAGUAUUGGAAGCACUGCCCCAGGGAGCACGAACGGAAUAGCGGGAGGAACUAUCAUCAGACAGGAUUUCCCUCCUGGGAAUGGGGCGCCACACAGCACAGUUAUUGUUCACUCCAACAGCACCACUCCUCUGGCCUCCCAGUCUUCUUACAGCCUUCUGAGCGCUCUUGAAGGUUCCUCAGCAGGAGGAGGAAAUAACCGAGACAGAGGUGAUUAUGUUAAUUCAGCAUUCACUGAGGAUGAAAGUCUGAACCAGUCACUGAGGAACCUGGCGCUCGUAGGCAAUGACGCACCGGGAAUGGUUGUCAAGCGGCCGCCUCCCUAUCAGUGGGACCCGGCCGCCACAGAGGAGGUGUGGGUUCCGCAGGAACGGACCGCAGCGCUGAAUCCCAAUGGACAUCCUGGACCCCACAAACCGCCCCCGCUUAUUCUUAGCCCGCCUCAGCACUUGGAUGUGUCCAGGCUGCCUUUUGUCCUUUCUCCAAAGUCGCCCACAAGCCCAAGUGCUGCGUCGUUUCAAGCUGCUGCAGCAGCGGCGGGCUACCAAAUCUCACUCCAGUACCCUCCAACGACUGCCUACUCUGGAGCACAGCUGCAGCCCAUACCAGGAUCACCACGCCCCUGCUCCUCACCAAAGGAGAUGGUGGCCCCUGUCCCCUUCCCACAACAGGAUGUGACCCUUGUAUUACCUCCUGGUUACCCGGCAAACCUUGCAAACCUGGCCUGUUGCCCGCUGCCACCCAUGUAUCCAGGAGGAAGUGCUUGUUCCGGUCUACCCAUCCCCCCGAUUUCCCUUCACACUCCUUGGGGUACUUACAAUUCUUGCCCGCCUAUGCCCAGUCCUGCAGUGCCACUACCGCCCAAAGCCUCCCACAUGGCAGUAGACAAAGUAAUUUCGCCGCCGACGCCUCCUCCCCCACCCCCACCGCCAGCAGAGCCGCAGAGCCACGAGGGAUUACAAGAGGCCACGGCAGAGGCCGGGGAAGCUUUUCAGGAGGUGCUUUCCUUGACUGAGAGCCCUGUCCCACAGCGGUCCGACAAGUUUGGCAAGAAGAACCGCAAGCGGGUCGAUGGGCGUGCAGAGGAGGCUAGCGUGCCACCUUUGGCCGAAGGGAGCAAGUUGAAGAAGGAGGGCCGAGCUUUAGGGGAUUUCAACUCGCUCAUCUCUAGUCCGCGGCUGGGAGGAAGGGACAAGAAGAAGGUCAAGGGACAGAAAGAGCAGCAGUUGAAGACCAAAAAGCUGAAUAAAGCCACUGCCAAUAGCGAGUUCCAGGACAGUUCAGAAAGCGAGCCGGAGCUGUUCAUCAGUGGGGAUGAGCUGCUCAAUCAGUGCCAGAGCGGUAAGAAGGGCUGGAAGAGUAAGAGGAACUUGAGGGCCGCCAGUGAGCUUGACGAGAUCAAGUGUCGAAAGGCCAACGAGAAGGAGGACCGAGGGCUGGGCAGCCAGGGUUUCGUGUACGUCAUGGCCAACAAGCAGCCGCUGUGGAACGAGGCCACGCAGGUCUACCAGCUGGACUUUGGGGGGCGUGUCACGCAGGAGUCUGCCAAGAACUUUCAAAUUGAGCUGGAGGGCAGACAGGUGAUGCAGUUCGGCAGGAUUGAUGGCAACGCCUACAUCCUGGACUUUCAGUAUCCCUUCUCUGCUGUGCAGGCUUUUGCAGUGGCUUUAGCCAACGUCACCCAACGCCUCAAAUGAGAUGUCGCCUCCCUGUCCACCCUGAGUUAUAUCCGGGAUUCUAACGCAAUCUGUUGAAGGGACACAGUUGUUUCCUUUGGGAUUCACUUUGAUUUUGAUGGGAAGGCUCCAAUCAGCCCUGGUCAUACAGAGGGGUACAAUCACGCUGCACUACACAAUGCUGCCACUAGAGUUGUUGCAAUAAGCAUUGGCUGCAUUUGCUAGGGAAGCCCUCGGAAUUGCUCCGUUCGGCAGUCCGUGGCACCUGGCAAUGCAUGUAGGGCCAAAGAGCUGAGUUUUGGUAAUCGUCAUGCAAAAUAAAUGCUGCUUUAGCUAGAAGAAGCUUUUAGACAUGAUAACCGAUUGGUUGACUGAGGGAAGAAUUGUCAAGGUGCAGCUUUCAAAAGAAGCCGCAGUAAUACUUGAAAACCAAACUCUGGAGAUCACCGCCGUGUUUUCCCUAGAGCGCACAGGUACUACUGGGCACUGAAAUCCAUUGCUGUACCAACUAUAGUGAAACAGUUACCACUUUAUUAUACUGCUAUUGCUUUUAGGAUUUAAUAUAAUUACUAAACAUCGUGGAGGGUAGCACAGUCUUUGUUUUUUUUCCUCUGCCAUUCCUUUUGUUACGGUCUGUCCAUCUCGGUUGGAAUUCAGGCUUAGAUUCAGGAGCACUACUAAGGUCACGCAUUUCACUGUAGUAAUAUGUGAGUCAAUUUUUAAAAAACGAGGGAGGUCAAGUAGUAAAUGGAGAUAAGUUGAACUGCAGUCUUUUCCAUAUAUUUUCCUGUGACUUUGAAGGAAGAAGUGUUACUCCAUGGAUUUAUUUAUAUGUACAUGUUGUUCCUUAUCUAUUCAGAAAUGAUUUUUUUACAUUAUUGUCAUUGUUAGGGUGUGAAGAUUGUACACCACAAUCAACAUGGUUUUCAACUCGCCUGCUUUAUUUGGGAGAACUGACUGAAUUUGAAUAUUAUUGCAUAGUCUGGAGUGAUUUAGGUGGAAGGGGUGUACUUAAUAGCUUCGACUGAUAUCUCCUGCACUUGGUGAAAUAUCUACAUACGGUGACACAGGCGCAAAAGAAGUCGCCAUGCCCGGAUUGAUUAACUUCUCCUCUGGCAUGAAGGGAUUUGUCACCUGCUGUCACUUCUGUGAAGUGAGUGUGUAGUUGUGGGGGGUGGUAUCGCUGUCCCUGCUCGUUGAGACCACACUAAACAUUUAAGCAAGGUACAGGAAAUAUUUUUCUGUAUUUCCCUUAUGCCAUUUCAUACUCUUUUCAGAAGUCAUGUAAAUAAAUAUCAGUCAUGUACAUGUUGUAAAAAAGACUUGGGCGACUUUGACGGAUGUCUGUUUACACCUGUCCUCACUGUGUAUUGAGGUGUAAUUUCAGGGGUGGAGUGACGCUGUAAAACCGUUUGUGUCAACUCCUACAACCACAAAAACAGGUCAACAGUGAAGCUGAGAUCAUUGUCGCUGAAUAUUUGAAAUCAGAACUCCAAUGAGGGAUGAAGCUUGAAAUCUGUUUAUUUAGUAAGCGGACACUGAAAUCUGAGAAGCUGUUUUUUCUUUUUUUCUUUUUUUCAGGCAGCCGAGCCUUUAUUUGUGCACAGAGACACCAAGCUGAUAGGACUGUGGGGAAAGAGUAAAUUAGUCACACUGCAAUUAUGUGAUUGGUAUAAAAUGAAACCCAUCUAAAUAGAGCAGUUACAUUAGGUCACUUUUAACCUUUGUGCCAAAAUAUGCAUAUGCUCAAAUGUAUAGUGGGGGGAGAAAUGGGUCCAGAGGGAGACGUAAUGCGAUUCUUUAUUUAAAGAAAUGCUAUCACUUUGGACCAGCUCUGCUUUGGUCUUUGAAUUGAGAUAAUGCAACUUUUUUUGCGUGAUCUCUGUAUCACAAGAUGCAUGUCUGUCAGAGGGGCGUUAUAGGGAUGUGGAUUGAAAAUAAGAAUUUCAAAAAGUCUCGUAUGACACUUAAAAAAAAAAGAAGAAAAAAAAAGAAAGUGAGCAUGUCAUGAAGAAAAUCUUUUUGUGUUAGUGUUUGUGCAAUAAUUUUCUUUGAGGAAAAAAUAUCCUUCAUCAAUUUUGACCAGUUUGAUGCCAUUUUUGAGUUCAGCCUCUCAGUUGCUGAUCUGUACAUUUUAUUUAUGAGAUUAUUUCCUGAAGGAGAUAUAGUAUCUAUAUAUACUGUAUAUUGUGGAGUUUUCUGAGCAUUUCUUUGUGUUGAUAAAAUUUGUGUAGCUUAAAUGGUGAGACGAGAACAUGGGGUUCGGUUGGGAUGGGGGCAAAUUUUCUGUGUUCUGUGAAGUUUGCAUUGGAUGGAAAAGAUGUGAAUGAGUAAGUGCCCAGUUUAGUGUAGUUUGUAGACUAGUUAUGUAAAGUGUAACUGUCAAGUUAAGGUGUGUUUGUAUUCAACUGUGCAGUCUACCAAUCCCAUCAGUGUUAAAUCUAUUAUAUUUAAGUGUGUGUGUGGUCAUGGCUUCUUACACAUACACACACAUACAUAAACAUUCACGUUAAUUCACAAGUCUAAGCCACCGAGUUCAUGUUAAGAAUUGCCUGUGGACUUAAACUAAGGAUUCACUUCAAACUGAUUUCAUGAGAUGACCUGUUUGUAGAUAAUGUAGGAUUCAGCUUUUCUUUAGAAAAGGUAUGUGCUUUGUAUUUAUAGAUGUAGACUUAAAUGACAAAAACACUUGAAAAGAGUCUGAUUCGGUGACUGAACGUUUAUAGUGAAUGGAUAGUAAGGCAUGCCAUGUAAAUUAUUUUAUAAUUGUAUAUGUCACGCAUCUUUUGAAUAAAAUGUCAUUGUUUUCUGAAAAAUG